AUGCAGAGCGUUAGACAUUAUCCCAUGGAUAUGAGUACCGCGCAUGCGAGACCAGAGCCUAGAGAAGAGAGGCUGAGGAUACCGGGGCAACCACAACAGCGUCAGAUGAGGACAAAGUCUCAGCCAAACCUUAGGUCCAUGGCACGUCGACAAUUACCUGGUACAGGUUCCCAAGCAGAGAGCCACAACGCAUACAGGACCCCCAGAGUGGUACAUCCUCCUCUUCCAACCAACACUCAUCGUCGCAAGCAUGAAGCCAUGUUCAUCGAAGAGCCUCCAUUCGAGCGACCAUUCUCUCCCGAGUCUGACUCGGAAGAACACAUGAUCUUGGAUUACUAUCUCCAAGCAUCAUACCACACUCCUCUUUCUAGGGUUGUGUCAGCCGAGGAGCCCUGCAACCAGGGUGGAGCCAUGGCCGCGUUUGACUUCGGCCUUGAGCACACGCCUGAGCCACCCUACAGACGUCCUCAGCCUUCGAUACAACGACCAAGGACAGCACAUGAGUCGUCGUCGUCGUCACGAAGACAAUCUCUCUCAUCGCCUCAAAGACAUGCUCCUUCUUCACCUCAAAGACAUACUCCUUCUUCACCUCAAAGGCAUACUCCUUCUUCACCUCAGAGACAACCUCCUUCGUCACCUCACAGACAACAUCCUUCGUCGCCUCAAAGACAGUCUUACACUCUCUUCCCCAAGGAGCAACAGCAACCAUCAACCCCACGCAUCAGCGUGAUCAGCGACAAUGGCAGCAUCUUGUCUCAUCACAGCCACUCCAGCCAACAUCGCCCUCGCACCUCCUCACUAGCAUCAUCGGAGCGUUCGCGCUCAGACUCAUGCAUGUCUGUCCGCCUCCAACCCUCUGCAACCCUCUCCUCUUCCCCGUCUUCAUCCCCCAAGCGUCCCCAAACCUCUCCUCGCAUGCGCACAACCAGCGCGUCUUCCCAACAGCAAACCAGUCUCUCCGACCAACCUCCCUCGCGCUGGUCGGGCGAGACGGUAGACAUGGUCUUGGAGUCGCCCAGAUCCGGCAGAAACGCUGUAGAUAGAACCAGAGAUUCUUCGUCGUCGACCUUGGUGGCUACCAGCCCUGCAUGGCCCACUGGCAGCUUCUUCGAGGAUGACGAGGAUGAGAAGUUGCCUUUGAGACGCAAGGUGGCGCAGAAGCUGAGGAGUUCGCGUUCGAGCAAUGCAUUGAGAUCGGCUAGCAACCCUACUAGCAGUGUGGAGCAGCAGCCCAAGAAGUCUUCAUGGACUCGUCGGUUGGUUACCUGGCACCGCGCCUAA